AUGCCGCCAAAACGCAAAGCCCCACCCGUCACCGCCUCAAGAAAGAGGGCGCGCGCGAGCUCGAGCCUCUCCCCGCCGCCGAGCGAGCCGGCUGAGCAACCUAGCCCAGAAGGACGCGUCACGGGCUUUGACCAAUUCCGCGUGCCACUCCUCGAAGGCGACGUGCUCUACAUCCCCGACUUCCUCCCCCCCGCCGACGCCGAGGGCCUGUACGCCGCCCUCGCCGCCCUGCCAGACUGGCACCACCCCACCCUGCGAAUUUACAACCGGGCCGUACAACAAUCGCGCGCCGUGGCAGUGUACGCGUCGUCCCCCCGCACCAUAAAAUACAGCGGGACGGAGAUCCGCGCGCACGCGUUCCCGCCGGUCCUCGAGCGUGUGCGGCGCACAGUGGAAGCGCGCCUCGCGCAGCGCUUCGACGUGUGCAUGCUCAACCGGUACGAUGACGGCGGCGUGUAUAUUGGCCGUCACUCGGAUACGUGCGAAAACCUGAUUAUCGCGAGUCUGAGUUUGGGCGCGGCGCGGUCGUUUGUGAUGACGCCCCGGAUGCCGCCGAGGGCGGCUGGAGGAGAGGGGGAGGAGAGGAGGAGAGAAUUGGAGGCGAGGGAGACGGUGCGGUUUACGAUGCAAGACCGGAGUUUGGUGGUCAUGCAGGGCAAGACGCAGGACUAUUGGAAGCACGAGAUUCCCAAGGAGCGGCGCGUCAAGGAAGGGCGUAUCAGCUUGACGUUUCGACAGACGUAG